AUGAGUGUUAAAGGUUUCGAUGAGCAAUCGUUGAUAGACGAUGCGUCUACAUUAUUAUUGUUCUCUAAAGCAAGAAGUGGCAGUGGCGGCGGUGGUAUUAAUACCGACGGUAGUGGUGUAAAGUCUCUGUCUUCAUCUCCAAAAGAGGCACCUGUUGAAGGAUCCCAAUCCGUUGUGCGAUCAACACCGCUCUCGAGAACAUCUACCGAGAGGGGGACCUUAUCACCGAGAAAUCCGAUGGGAUCUGUGGGACCUGCUUCAGCAGCUUUGUUGCAAGAUGACGGCUUCGAAUGCCAUAGAUCAGGAUCCAUGUCGCCGAAGAGCAGCGAUGGAAGUGGUAAUUCCAACAGCAAGCAAAAGGGAAUGGUAGCGGCCGCAGCACUGGCAGCUGCUGCCACUGUACCCCUCCCGUUAAACACUGAACGUCGGAGGAAGAGCAAACACGAGGUAGAGAGAAUCGUUGAAACAGGAUCGAAGAAUUUGAGGCAUGAAUGGCCCGUACCAGACUCGUUCGUCGUCGAUAUCGAUUCUGGUGUCAUUUCUUGUAUCUGUGGCUACGACGACGAUGAUGGCUUUACCAUACAAUGUGAUCACUGCCACAGGUGGCAGCACGCUAUAUGUUACAAUAUCAAGGAUAUCGAAACAGCCCCUGAAGAUCACCUGUGCAAUACAUGCGAGCCCAGAAGAUUAGAUCCCAAGAAGGCAAGGCGGAGACAAUUAGAGAGACGACAAGCACUGGGAAGUCGAAAUAACAGGGAUGCAGGAACGGCCGGCGGUGGCGGCUCUAAGGAUGAUGCAGGAGCUGGCGGUCUUGGGAAGGAUUCUGAUAAUAAUGAGCUGCAUUCUGAGGCAGUGUCCAACGAAGGUAAAAAUUCGGAGACCGAAACGGGCUAUGAUAAGAUUAGCAGGAGAGGAUCUUAUGCCAGUGAUGUGCAAAACAACGUCUCCAGCACAGAGAAUGCGGGAAGAAAGAGGAAGAAUGACGGAGAAACGGGACAGAUGGACGACGCAAAGAGAAGAAAAGACAAUAUAUCGUAUACAAGCGCUAAAGAAGCCUAUUCCGCGAUGUUUUUACCUAUCGAUCGAUACGAAUUCAAGGACAAAUACGCCAAACUUUUCAUUGAGAAACACAAUGACGACGAUUGGGUCAUACCUUACAACAAGAAAGUUUUUGAACCGCUGUCUGUCGAAGUCAAACCGUAUGCUGAGGUCAACAAUUCCAAAGUGUUUCCGGGCUACAGUAAACUGGGUGUUUAUUUGAAGGAGUUUUGCCAUCAAAAAAGCUUCAUUUGUGAGUUUUUGGGAGAGGUUGAUUUUCAACGUGGUUACCUGAUGGAUCCAAGGAAUCAUUACAGAAUAUGGGGCACGACAAAACCCAAAGUUCUAUUUCAUCCGCAUUGGCCCCUGUAUAUAGACGCCAGACUAUGUGGUAACCUUGCAAGAUAUAUGAGAAGAAGCUGCAAUCCCAAUGUGGAACUGGCGACUGCGAAAAUGCCUGACACGAAUGAGGUCAAGUUUGUUCUUAGGGCAAUCAGGGAUAUCCAAGAAGGUGAAGAGAUCCACAUUGGCUGGCAGUGGGAUCUGCGGCAUCCAAUAUGGCAAUUGAUCAACAAGACAGCAACAUUUGAAUCCCUAAACGAUCCCGAUAAAUAUUUGCUGAUCCAUUCCAUUGACACGGUCCUGGGAGCGUGCGAAUGCGCUUGUGGGAACAACAAUAAGGAAUGCAAUCUGCUCAAGGUUAAGAAAUUCUCGCAGAGUCUCUACAGGUCCGUCAAGUCUAAGAUGAACAACCGGUAUAAACUAAAUGAAAUUCUGAAUCAGUACCAAGGCAAGAGAAGGAGACAACCUCCAAUAUUGAAAAGAUUGGCAAACGAGAGGCUGCAGAAUUCGGAGCGAGCCUCUGAAUUGAUAGCUGAAUAUGACGAAAAGAAAGCAAAGUGUCUAUCCAAUGCAACAUACGACGGCGUAGUUGUUGCGGAAAGCUUGCCAACGGGCGAGACAAUAAAACCCUACAAGUGGGUGCUGAUGAACAAGUAUCAUGGCAGUAGAAACGGCGUCUUUGAAGGCUCUCCCGCUUCCUCAUUCAAUAAGGCACCGACUCCACUAACUUUCGAUGAACAGAAAGUCACGGAUCUUAACAAGCUGCCCAUACCGAUUGUGUUAGAGAUACCGAUUGAAUCCCCUUCAAUGAAGGGCAAGCUGCAAAUCGACUAUUCGAACAAAGCAGCCGCAGAAGUUCCCUCGAAGGAGAAACCACCUGUGCCCUCCAUCUCCGCUACCGGCAAGACGAUCGACCCUGUGAGGACCGAAACUAAGAGCGGCUCAGCAAGUGCAAACACACUUCCGGACCUCGCAGAUGCAUACAAGAAUCCUCUCAAGAAGAAGCUCAGCUUCGCAGACUAUAGGAAGAAACAACAUAAGUAA